AUGAGUUCCUCAGGAGUCCCAGUCAAGUCUGAGCCGGCAAGUGGGCAGAGUACUAGUAUCAAUCAACCUCAGCGUCGAAGCUGGUUAACUAGAUCACGGUUCCUCGCCCUCUUGGUUGCGCUGGGAGCGACCGUGACAUGGCUCAAACCUGAAACCCAUUCCUUGGACUAUGCAGUCUGUUCUGCCAACCGCAAAGUCUACACAGUCGACUCGGAUCUUCCGAAUGUCCAAUGCAUCGUCGUGCAUGAUACCCUCAUCUCAGACACAGGUGAUCUAGAGGACAUAACCUUACGCUGGAGGCAACGACAGUUAUCAGAGAUCCCAGGCGUCAUCCAGCUACCAUGGCCAUUCAAUUUACUCGAGCCGUCUCUGAGAGUAAUAACCAUCCAACCUGACAGUAUCGUAGUUCCCGGACUGACUGAUGCUCAUGCUCAUAUGUUGCAGUAUGGCUUUAAGAUGAAUCUAAACUUGGAGGACUGUACCUCUGUAGAUGAGGUCUUGAGCUACUUGAAAGCUUAUGUUAUAUCGAAUCCCGACAUUCUAGGCGAUCCCACUCGAUUUAUAGAGGGUAUGGGAUGGGACCAGAAUAAAUGGCUCGGAGCGCAAUAUCCUCAUGCCGAUGACUUUGACAGGGAACCACUCCUUCGCGGUCGGCGAAUAUCCCUCGCUCGUAUUGAUGUUCAUGCCUCCUGGGUGUCCAACCGCGUGCUGCAGCUCAUGGCACCUCUCCCAGAGAACGUCGAUGGUGGGCUGAUUAUUCGCGACGAGCACGGAAAACCUACCGGAAUAUUCGUCGACAAUGCUAUGGAUCUCGUUCCCUCACAACCCUUCAGCGAGACCCGUGCGAUGGAGUACUUCACCCGCGCUACUACUGACGCGCUCGCAGUGGGUCUGACUACAGUGCAUGACGCAAUGUCAGUCCCAGAGGAAAUACGGUUCUACAAGAAGUGCCAGUCUGUUGAACACGUGCAGCUCCGAUUUUAUCUCAUGGGUAGUGUGAACUCUGAUGACUAUUGGGGAGACCAAAUCCCGAGACUGAUCCAGCAUGGAGUUGGUGGACGAUUGACGGUGCGCAGCGUCAAACUUUUCACGGAUGGUGCGCUGGGUUCGUUUGGUGCUGCGCUCCUCGAGCCCUACAGUGAUAAUCCGUCAACGAGCGGUAUCAUGCGGGUGCAGCCGGAAGCACUUGCGAAGCUGGUGAGGGAGUUUUCUACAGAUGGUUGGCAAGUUAACAUCCACUGCAUCGGGGACCGGGCAAAUCAUGUCGUACUUGACAUUUAUGAGGAUAUGCUCGCCAACGCUUCAUUUUCCACAGACAACUUGCGACCUCGUAUUGAGCAUGCGCAGAUCUUGACACAGCAUGAUAUUAAACGGACUGGAAAGUUGGGCGUGAUACCUAGUGUGCAGCCAACCCAUGCGACAAGUGACAUGUGGUAUGCCGAGGAUCGGUUGGGUCCAAAGAGAAUCCAAGGCGCGUAUGCGUAUCGAGCUAUGCUCGACGCGUCUCCAAACAGAGUAUUGCCCCUUGGCUCUGACUUCCCUGUCGAGGGCAUCAACCCUCUUCUUGGUUUCUACGCCGCUGUUUCACGCCUUUCUGUAAAAGGCAGCUCGCCCCAUGGUCCCGGAGGCUGGUACCCAUCCGAACGCCUCACGCGCGCUGAAGCACUCAAAGGCAUGACACUCGACACUGCAUACGCGUCUUUCUCCGAGGAUACCCUUGGUUCACUUUCAAUUGGAAAGAAAGCUGAUUUCGUCGUUCUCGAUCGUGAUAUUAUGACGGUACCCGUUGAGGAUAUUUUAGGUGCCAAAGUAACAGCAACUGUAAUCGAUGGGGAAGUCGAGUACGGGAAUCUAUGA